AUGGCGGACCAGCUAACGGAAGAUCAGAUCUCCGAAUUCAAGGAAGCCUUCUCCCUAUUUGACAAGGAUGGCGAUGGUUGCAUCACUACUAAGGAGCUUGGUACUGUGAUGCGCUCUCUGGGACAGAACCCAACUGAGGCCGAGCUUCAAGAUAUGAUCAAUGAGGUCGAUGCUGAUGGGAAUGGGACAAUUGACUUCCCAGAGUUCCUCAACUUGAUGGCCCGGAAGAUGAAGGACACCGAUUCUGAGGAGGAGCUCAAAGAAGCUUUCCGGGUUUUUGACAAGGACCAGAACGGUUUCAUUUCUGCAGCUGAACUCCGCCAUGUCAUGACAAAUCUAGGUGAGAAGCUUACAGACGAGGAGGUUGAUGAGAUGAUCCGAGAGGCUGAUGUGGAUGGCGAUGGGCAGAUUAACUACGAUGAGUUCGUCAGGGUCAUGAUGGCCAAGUGA